UGGCGGCGUCAACGUUUCCAUAUAGCUCUUCUUCACCAACAAAAACCAAAAAUAAAUAACUACCAAAAUCCAAAACAAAUACAAAAACGACAAAAAAGAAUGAAAUUAAUAUUUGCCUUGAAAGUUUCGUUGUUUUUUUUUUAAUUACCGCCCGAAAAAAAUAUCUGAAUGUUGCAGUGAAUGUAAAAUAAUGCUGCAGCAGCAUUUAUCUCCUAUCCGCCGUAGAUUCACAAGUCUAAAAGCCGCAGGGCAGCCGGAGACCUAUUCCGGGGCGGGCGGCCGGCCACACGGCGUAUGCGUAACGAGAGAACGAAACAGAAAGUGAUGCGUAAUUUGCGGGCCCAACGAAUCAAUAAGAAAAAAACAUGCAAAAAUCGAAGUCAAAGCGAGGAGCAACAGCAGAAUAAUCAAUUAGCAGUUCUACAAUAAUUAAGAAAAACAAAACAAAAUCGAAAAGAAAAUGUUUUUAAAUUAGAGAGAAAAUAAGAAGCAACAAAAUAUUUAGCAGAACGAGAGUACAAAGCGCAAAACAGCGGCAGCCAAAUGAAGGAAUAUAAUCAAAAUCAAGUAAAACUUCAACUAGCAGAAUAAGCAGCCACCACUGAACCCCCGCAUAUAUAUAUACCAUAUAUAUAUAUAGCGUUAGCAGAGCAAAACACAAACCACAACUGCAGUCGCCAUGCACGGACACCACCACAAUCAUCCACAGAAUCCGCAAGAGCAGCAGCAGCAACAGCAGCCGGGAGCCAUCAUGAAGUUGGGAAGCUCCUCUGGCCAGCCACACCAUCCACAGCUCAACCAUUCCCCGCAUCCGCAUCCGCACAGCCAUGUCCAGCAUUCACAUACCCAUCCCCAUCCACAUUCCCACCCGAAUGUGCAUCCGCAUCCGCAUCCGCAACACAAGCUGUCGGCGAGAAGGGCGCGCAGUCGCAGUCGAAGUCGCAGUCCCACGCCGGAUGGCAGCCAGGACUACGAUGUUACGAGGAUGCGGGAGGAGGACUUUGAGCGGCUGGCCGUCUACCUGGUGCCGGAUGUGCAGGCGGAGCGGGGACUGCCCAAUCGAGCGGACAAGACGCUGCCGCGCAGCCUAACGCUCAAGUCAUCCAUGGUCUACUCAACGCCAAAUGUUAAGACUGAAGGAGUUUGGAGCAGCGGGGUCAUCCCACGUGGCACUCGCUUUGGCCCAUUCGAAGGCAUUCCAACCUCAAACUAUCCCAAUGAUAAGAAUAAGGCGCGAUAUUUCUGGCGGGUGCAGGGAACACGCCACAUAACCUACGGGAAUAUUAAGAUCUUCAAGGACGACGACUACUACUAUCUGGAUGGGUCAGAUCGCUCGCAAUCCAACUGGAUGCGCUACGUGGCCUCCGCCUACAGUCUGUCCGUGAUGAACCUGGUGGCCUGCCAGCACCAGGAGAACAUCUAUUUCUACACCACCCGCGACAUCCUGCCCAACGAAGAGCUGAUGGUGUGGUACUGCAAGGACUUUGCCAGUCGCCUAGGCUACGACGUCGAUCCCGAGACCACCAUCUUUGGCGCCUGCAAGCAGGCCGUCGAGGCCGAGGAGGAAGUGAUGGACGAGGAGGAGGAAGAGGCGGAGCCGGAAGAGGAGGGCGAGGCGGGAGUGGAGGGUGGCAAGCGUCGCUACUCGAUGCCCGCUCCGGAGAUCCCAGCCGAGGUGGCCGUAAGUCACAUCACCUAUGUGAUGGGUCUCCAUUUGCCUGUGGGAGCGGCGAACGGUGGACCGGCAAGUGCCUCCACCUCGCCACCGCCACCAACGUCUGCCAACGGACAGUGCUGCCGGAGAUCAAGCCCACCCGCCCAUGUCAGCACCACCUCCUGCAACGCCCACCAUCCGCACAUUCAGCAUGCCAGUCGCCACGCCUCGGUGAUUAUUGGCCAGGAUCGCUCUCCUCUAACCAGCACGAGCGACAAGGACACGGCGGGAUCACCGCUGUCCGGCCUGGACCAUCAGCUGACGCCGCAGGACGGCAGCGUAAGAUCAGUGCGCUCGGAUGAGGGCUACCACAGCAACGAGUGCCACGAGGAUGGCCUCACGCCGCCUGAGGAUUCCAGCGACAGCGAGAGCGAGCACAACUACGUGCUGGACUGCUCCAAGAAGGCCAUUGCACCCAAGGAGACGGUGAUUGCUCAGGCGCAGAAGCCGAGCAGCUCGCCACCGGCCGUGGUUAUGGCCAAUCCCAUCAUUACCACCACCAGCAGUAGUAUUAGCCACAGUGCAUCCACGGCUACGGCCUCCUGUGAGCCGGACAAGAACGAGUACAGAAAGUUCAAGGUGAAGAUGCCGCUGAAGUACGAGUUCAAGAACAAGAGCUGUGUGAAGCAGGAGCCCAAUCUGAAGGAGGUGGACCAGGAGAUGUCGCUGCCACACCACGAAGAGGAGGAGGAGACGGCGAUGAUGCACCAGGAACCGGACUCCAUUUGCCCCUCGACCACCACGCAUUUGGGAGAUGAGCAUCUGAUGAUUAUGGAGAGGGAACGCGAGAGGGAACGGGACCGGGAAAGGGAACGGGAGAGGGAACCAUCCAACCAGCAGCCCGCCUCCUCCACGGUAAUCGUUUUGGAGCACAACUCUGGAGGCCAGGCCCGCACCAUAGUGCCGCUGAGCAAACCCUACUAUGAGCCGGAUCCACCAGGCGAGCGCUACGUGCGCUUUGGCCAGCCCAGUUCCAGCAUUCUGGAGACCAUCCUAACCAGCCAACACCGCUUGGAGGCGGCAGCGGCGGCAGCCAAUGCCUGUCGGCAGGCCAACGCAGCCACGCCGCCACCCACCUCGCCCACGGAGAUGGCCUACAGCUACAAGAAGUCGCAGCGCUAUGGCAAUGCCGUGAGUCCGGACAGUAGCUCAAAUCUUGGCCAGAGUGCCGAUCAGCAGCAGCAGGGAGUGGGCGUGGUCGUGGGCGGAGACCAGGAGAUGACUCGCGGCACCUUGAUCAAGGGCGAAUGCUCGCCGCCGCCGCCGAGUCACCAUCACCACAACGUGAUCUUCUCUCCGUCAAGGCAUCCCGCCUACCUGGGCGCUGGAGAGGCGAGUGGUCACUCGCCUAGUCCUAGCUAUCCUGGAUAUCCGCAUUAUGGAGCCGCAGCCACCUCCACCUUCCACUCGCCGCCGCACAGCUCGCACUCGCCCUUCGACCGGCAGUCGAACGCCUCGAGCGGAGCGGGCUCCGCCUCCAAUUUGCAUUUGCUGCAGAGCAGCACCCAGAUGCUGAACCAUCCGCUGAUGCAGCCGCUCACCCCGCUGCAGCGCCUCUCCCCGCUGAGGAUCUCGCCGCCGAGCAGCCUGAGUCCCGAUGGAAACUCCUGCCCCAGGAGCGGUAGUCCGCUAAGUCCCAACUCCCUGGCCUCCAGGGGCUACCGAUCCCUGCCGUAUCCACUGAAGAAGAAGGACGGGAAGAUGCACUACGAGUGCAAUGUCUGCUGCAAGACCUUUGGCCAGCUGAGCAACCUGAAGGUCCACCUGCGGACGCACUCGGGCGAAAGACCCUUCAAGUGCAACGUUUGCACCAAGAGCUUUACCCAGCUGGCGCACCUGCAGAAGCAUCAUUUGGUGCAUACCGGCGAGAAGCCGCACCAGUGCGACAUCUGUAAAAAGCGCUUCUCGAGCACCUCCAACCUAAAGACGCAUCUCCGGCUGCACAGCGGUCAGAAGCCCUAUGCCUGCGAUCUCUGUCCGCAGAAGUUCACCCAGUUUGUGCAUCUCAAGCUCCACAAGCGGCUGCACACCAACGAUCGGCCUUAUGUGUGCCAGGGAUGCGACAAGAAGUACAUCAGUGCGUCGGGAUUGAGGACGCACUGGAAGACCACCAGCUGCAAGCCCAACAAUCUGGAGGAGGAGCUGGCCAUGGCGGCAGCAGCCACUUCCGAGUGUUUGGAUAAAGAUCAUCCUGAACCGGACUCCCGCGAGGCCUAUGAGCAACUGCAGCAGCACAUGCAUCCCGCUGUGCAUCCCGGCCUGCGACACUUGUCUGCUAGCGGCGGACAGUCUCCACCCCGCCUUAUACCGCUGGGCAACCACAUGGGUCCUCAGCAGCAACAGCACCAGCAACAGCAGCAGCAUCCGCAGCAGGGAGUGGCACCGCCUCCACAUCUGCUGAUGGGUCAGCAUCCGGCUCCCAUGCUUCUGACCACCGCCAGCCAGCUGCCUCCGCCUUUGCCCUCGCACCACCAACAGCAGUCCUCGCCCAGCCGCCUCCUCCAGCACGCCCAUCCCCAUGCACUCCAGCUCCAACAGCAGCAGCAGCAGCACUCGCCCAAGGGAUUGAAAUCUCUGCCAGAGUCGGGAGUGUAUAUGCAUGGGCCGCAGGAGAGCAGACCCUCGGUCAUCGAGUCCUCCAACCAGCCCAUGAUCAUUGAGUGCACGUAGGGAAGGGCGUAGAGGAGCAGCAGACCAGAGGAAGUGAUGGAAUCCAAGUGCAAUAAAAUCAAGUAGAGUUAAGAACGGACGGACAGACAGACGAUGAAAAGCAAGCAGCACAAGUAAACGUAACGGUAUUAUUAUAUAGUUGUAUAUAGUUAAAAAGAAGACUCCCCCCGACUUUCCCGUAAAUUCUUGAUCCUCCUUCCCUUGGAAAACGAACUCAUUUUCGCGCUAUGAAAACUAGAUCUCACCAAUUGGCAAAAAACCCUGAAUUACCCUUCUCAUCAGCAUGGAAAGGAGAGCAAGCACAGCACGAAGGGCAUAUUAUUUUUGAUAAAUAUUUUAUAUAUAAAGGACACAUGAUUAUUGUUAAUGGGGGGUGAAUAAUAAACGGAGGAAAAAACCGAAAAACCGAAAAGGAGAACGAGAGAAAAUGCAUUUAGGAUUCGACGAGGCUUUCGAUGAUUUUCCAGUUCUGACUUUAGUUUGUCUCUCACUCUGUUUGUUUGUUCGUUCGUUUGUUCGAUUGUUUGUUGAGGCGCGCACCUUUAGAAGUAGAUGAUAGAGCCUAUAAAGGAUAACUAAGGAUACAUAUACCAGAUACAUACAAUACAUAGAUUCAAGUUGCCUUAUUUGAAUUUCGUUAGCACUGACAAAAAAAACAUUUGCUUAUCCGAGAAGCUAAUCUAUACAUACGUAUUUUAUAUAUGAAUAUAUCAUUAUUAUACAUACGGAUAUAUAUAUAUAUUUAUAUGUAUUUUAUUAAAUAUACACAACCGGAACGAACAGCAGCAGCAGCAGCAAGCAAAUGAAAGCAAAAGUGUGUAAAUAAAAGGGGAACCUUAUUUCGGCAUCUGUUGAAUUAGUAAACGCCUAGCUAUAUAGUUACGUAGGCCACUAGGGAUUACCAUUAUCUAUGAUUACACUAUGAUUAUAACAAAAACAAAAACUUACAAAAAAAGAAAACAAAACGUAUAAAAACUAAGCAAGGAGGAAAGAAAAAACGUAAGAAAAACUUAGCUGAAAAAUCGGUGCUUUUGACUGUUUCCAUUUGUCCACAUUUACAUUUACGAUUUACGAUUGUAUUUGUAUUUUGAAACACAUGAAUUAUACAUUAUAGACCACUCUAAUAUAUAUAAAUAUAAAGUAUAUAGCAUAACACUCUCUAGAGAUAUUCCCCAACUACUUUGCGCCUUAAUCACUCAACCCUUCUCCAGUCCAAGAACUCCUUAGUCCUUUAACCACAAACAAGAAAACCGAAUCCAAAAAAUUUGCUCGUAUUGUACUUUACCAAAAUUACGCUCUCAAUUAGUCUUCGUUUCGUCUGAAUAUAUAUAUUAUAUAUGAAAUCUUUUUAGCUAACCCUAAGCUUAUAAUCUUAAUGAGGCUGACUAGCUUUAAGUACACAUAUAUCUUAUAUUAUAAUAUAUUAUUAGCGCAUUAUCUAUUAGCCCCUAAGGAUUGUAUAUUAUAACGAUCUGUAAGACACAACACCAAUUCGUAGUCUUAAGUGUAGUACAAGAUACUAACCAAGGGGUCUGCGGGGAAAAUGCUGGGGGAAAAUUCGGGCGGUUCGCAAUCGAAAACCGCUAAUUGAGACUAAGACUAUGCAAAAGUUUUUGUAUUUUUGUAUUUGAUACAAAGCAAGCAGGAGUUAGGAGUGCAGUUUAACGAGUAGACAAUGUUCUAGCCAAGUAAGACUUAUUUUAAGUUAGCUGUAAGAUUUCUAAGCAUAUGCAAUAUUUAAAUAUAUACGCAUAAUAUUUCUAAAGAAAAGCAAAACGCAGAAAAGAUGAGACAAGCCUACAUACAUGGAAAAUAUAAAAGAAGAUAAUCAAAAUUAUACAAAAACAUACAAAAAAAAAAAAACAAAAUUGAUUUUUUAUUUCUCGUUUGGUUUUAAUCUCACAUACAUAUGUUGGUUGUGCAAUCAUCUAUUUAUGAAUACAUUCUUAUUGUGUGCAAUAUUUCUUUGAUUUUGAUUUCUCUAUUUUUUUCAUCGACUUGCAAAAAUCUACUAAAAUAAGUGACAUACAUAAUACUUUCCUAUUUGUGAGACUGAAUGAAUUACUAAUAUACAAUAUACUCGUAACGCAUAGAACACACCCAAGGAACCCCAGACAUUUCGAUAUAUAUAUACAUAUAUUUUACCGAACCUUUUGUUUGAGCAAGCAUUGUAAUAUAUUACGACCGGAUAUGGAUACGGAUCUAGGCAUAUAGAUAUAUAUAUAUAUACAUAAUAUAUAUUUAUACAAAGCACACUUACAUAAAUACAUACGUAGUCGUAGAGAGCUAUAGCUAUAGCUAUUUAUAUAGACGAACAACCGAUGGCCUAUGGUUAAAGCGCCCAACUUUGUACAGUAAUUGAAAUCUGUUUCAGGAUUCAAGUAACGUGACGACACAACGUAAAUUUAAAUGGAGAAUAAAUGACUGCUUCUUAGUGUUAUAAGUGACUCUGAUUUAGGUCGAACACAAACACACACUCACCCACACACACACAGACACAAGAACACACAAAUGAUUCAAGGAUCAAUUCUAGAAAUCAAAUCCAAAUAUAUAUUCCAUUAUAUAUUCAAUAAGUCUAUCGUAUACCUUUAUUGCAAAUCAAUAUUUCAAAUGUAUGAAUCUAUAUAAUUACAAUUAUCUAUAAUUCAGCCCUAUAUAAAUCAUGUAGAGCCUCUGUUAUGCAUACGUACCCAAGGAUGUCGUAUGAGAUUGUUUCCCCCCA